AUGGCCGGCAUCGCCGCUGGCUCGUCCGUAUGGGUGCGCGGCGGCCCAAAGGAGGAGGUCUUUUCGCCCGCCGUCGUCCAGUCCUACGAGCGCGGCAAGGGCUACACGGUGCGGAGCCAGUCUGGCGAGAGGCUGGUGCGGCCCGCCGACGUCAGCCUCGCAAACGAUGUGGCCUCGGCGGCGGAUAGCUGCGCGCUGAUCCACAUCAAUGAGGCGACCAUCCUGCACAACCUUCGCGCUCGCUACGAAGACCAGUCCAUCUACUCCUAUGUCGGAGCCAUCCUCAUCGCCGUCAACCCCUUCCAGUCGCUGCCCAUUUACGGCGCCCCGCUCAUGGAGGAGUACGCUGGCAAGCCCCUCGGGGCGGCCGAGCCGCACGUCUACGCCCUGGCCGAGGAGGCGUACCGCAGCUUUGUCCGGACCAAGGGCUCGCAGUCGCUGGUGGUGUCGGGCGAGUCCGGGUCCGGCAAGACCGAGACCAACAAGCAUCUGAUGGCGUACCUGGCGUGGCGGUCCAAGUCCGAGUCGGUCGGCGGGGACCUCGCCGAGCGGAUCCUGAUGGCGAACCCGCUGCUGGAGGCUUUCGGCAACGCAAAGACGAGCCGCAACAACAACUCGUCGCGCUUCGGCAAGUUUGUCAAGGUUGGCCUCUCGGAGCGCGGAUCAGUGCUGGGCGCGACGACGAAGCAGUACCUGCUCGAGAAGAGCCGCGUGCCCUACCAGGCGCCUGGUGAGCGCAACUACCACAUCUUCUACGCCGCCGUCGCGGCGGCGGCUCACCCCGACCUCGCCUGCCUCGGGCUCGACGCCGGGCCAUCCGGCUUCCACUACCUCAACCAGUCGGGCACCCUCGAGGCGCCCGGCUGGGACGACGGCGCCGCCUUCGAGGUGGUGCGGGCGGCCCUCGCCUCCGUCGGAGCCGAGCCCCAGACCGUCCGCGAGGUCUUCCGCGUCAUCGCCGGGCUGCUCCACCUCGGCAACGUCCGCUUCGAGGGCGACGAGGCCGCCUCCGUCGAGCCCGCCACCUCGGCCUCCCUAGACAAGGCGGCGGAGCUGCUCGGCCUGCCGCGCCUCGGCUCCUUGCUGCUGGCGCGCACGCUGGUGACGCGAGGCGAGACGACCCGCGUCGAGCUGACGCCCGAGCGGGCGGCGCUCGCGCGCGACGCCCUCGCCAAGGCCACCUACGCGCGCCUCUUCGAGCGCACCAUCGGCUGGAUCAAUCGCGCGACGCGCGCCGAGGGGGGCGAGGCGGCGCCGCCGGCCUUCAUCGGACUGCUGGACGUCUACGGCUUCGAGGCCUUCGAGACAAACGCGUUCGAGCAGCUCUGCAUCAACUUUGCAAACGAGAAGCUGCAGCAGUUCUUUCUCAGGUUUGUCUUCAAGGCGGAGGAGGAGCUGUACGCGGCCGAGGGCGUGCGUCGGCCGGACGUCGAGUACCAAGACAACUCGCGGUGCAUCGCGCUCAUCGAGCAGUCGCCCUCGGGCCUGCUGCGGCUGCUCGACGAGACGUGCAAGCGGCCGAACGCAACCGACAAGAGCUUCUGCGAGGCGGCGGCGGCGACGCACGCGAGCAACGACUUCUUCGUCGAGCCUCGGCUCGCGGGCAGGCGCGACCUCCGCUCCGACGAGGGCUUCUGCGUGCGCCACUUUGCGGGCGACGUCGUCUACACGGGCCGCGGCUUCGUCGAGAAGAACAACGACACGCUGCAUGCCGACUUUACCGAGCUGCUCGCCGCGUCGGGGGUCGGGCUCGUCAAGGACCUCUUUGAUGUGGGCGCAGCCUCGGGCCGCAAGGGGCAGAGCUUCAACUCGGUCUCAAGGCGCUUCAUCAACGAUCUGAACGAGCUGGUUGCGGACCUGAACGCGACCACCGCCCACUUCAUCCGCUGCGUCAAGCCCAACACCAGGCUGGCGGCGUCCGAGUUUGUGCCAUCGCUGGUGCUGCCACAGCUCCGCUGCUCGGGCACCGUCGACGCCGUGAGCCUGAUGGCGCACGGCUUUCCGACGCGCAUUCCCUUCAAGGCGAUCCACGAGCGCUACGCCGAGCAAAUGCCGCCCUUCCUGCGCGACCUCGAGCCGCCGCACUUUUGCGAGGCACUCGCGCUCGCGCUCGACAUCCCCGCAGAGGCGUUCCGCAUCGGUCGAACCCGGCUCUUCUUUCGCGCCGGCGCGGGGCAGGUGCUCGAGGAGCUGGCGGAGCGCGACAUCUCCGAGAUGCUGCCGCAGCUGCUCGAAAAGGCCACACCCCGCACCCCGCACCACCCCAGGUCGGUACCCCACCAGCAACGCCCUCCGCGUCCACUCCGCUUCGCAGGUGCAGCAGUGGGAGCGCCGCCGCAAGGCGUCGGCGAGGCUCCAAGGCUACGCGAGGAUGUCGCUCUGCCGCCUCCGCUUGAAGAAGAUGCGCGCCGCCGCCCGGCAGAUCCAGCACUUCCGCGCCAGCCACAUCAUCUACGUCGAGCACCGAAAGCGCCAGCUUCUCUUCCUCGCCCGGUGCGCUGCGUGCGGCUGCAGCCUGCUCCGCCACACUGCAUCUUUUGA